CGAGGGGCAGAGUCUUCCUACGUGUCUGUCCGUGUCCGGCUCUACGUGUCUGGGUCUGGCCGUGAGUGUCCUUGCCGCCCGGCUAGCGGUGACCGCCCGCCCAGUGUCCUUGCGGCGCCCGGAGGUCGAGAGCUGAACUGGUUAAUGGCAUCAGCAGAGCUGGGGCCUCUAAGGUCACUGAGCACUUCCACAUGGCGGCUGGCGCAGGACCAAACUCAAGACACGCAACUCAUCACAGUUGAUGAAAAAUUGGAUAUCACUGCUUUAACUGGUGUUCCAGAUGAGCACAUCAAAACCAGAAAAGUUCACAUUUUUGUUCCAGCACGUAAUGCAAUGCAGUCAGGACUUAACAAUACAAAGAAAUGGAAGAUGGAAUUUGAUAACAGGGAGCGCUGGGAGAACCCUUUAAUGGGCUGGGCGUCUACAGCUGAUCCUUUAUCCAACAUGGUUCUUACUUUCGCUACUAAAGAAGAUGCCAUUGCUUUUGCUGAAAAAAAUGGCUGGAGUUAUGAUGUUGAAGAGAAGAAGAUUCCAAAACCUAAAUCCAAGUCUUAUGGUGCAAACUUUUCUUGGAACAAAAGAACAAGAGUGUCUACAAAAUAGGUUGGCAUUGGCUGUAUGACUGUGAAUAAAGUCAGCUGUGCUAUAUUUAUAGUCCAUGUAUAAUACAUCUCUUAAUCUCCUAAUAAAUUUGACCUUUAAACUACA